AUUCCGGUUCUCAUUUCGCCCAAAUAGCAGUUUUUCUACAGCUAUAGACGAAGACCUAGGACUAACUGUUUCCCUUGUCCAGCGAAACACUCACAAAGUCUUUCAUCGACGCCCGCUCCAACGCCUUGGAACUCCCGUCGCGUCUCGCCAUGUCGAAGUUCAAGAUCUCUUCCGCAUUAUGGGACAAAAUCUACCAUUUUGCGUCUUUCCCUCAAACUGGAGUUUCUCUUCAACAGAUGAUCCUCUUCGGUCAAAAUCCAUCUCAAGGAACGCUCCUCAAAGCUUCACAAUUCCUUUCAGAAGAAUUACCAAUAAGACUAUCUCAUAGAGUGGUAGAGCUCGAAGGUCUUCCAGAUGGACUUAAUAAGAUGACCAGUAUAAAUAUCGUCAAGGAAUGGUACGCGCAAAGUUUUGAUGAACUGGUAUCUUUUCCAAGGCCAAGACUCAAGCCCGAGCUUGAAGACAUUUUACGCAUCCCGCCAGCUCCUACCCAACCAUUCCCCUCUGCCACUCCCAACCCCUCACUCGACCCUCUCAUGCGCGAAGGACCAGUAGGAUCUGGAUUUGUCUCUGAAAGACAUAUAGGUACGGGGGGCAAUGGUAUAGGAGUUGGCAAAAGGCUAAGAAUACCUAUCGAACGGAGGUAUUUUUCACCCCCUCCGCCGACUAUAAUUUAUCCACCUGAAGUUCACGACUACAACGAGAAAUUCACCCAGCUCCUUCAAGUUAUCAAACAUCGACAUGAUCCGACUGUGACUACAGUCGCGCAAGGCGUCUUAGAAUGGAAAAGGAUGCAGAAAACAAGCGUGAUUGGGACGCCGAUACAAGAGUUUUUGGAUAGAUUUUACAUGAGUAGGAUUGGGAUCAGGUUCUUAAUCGGACAACAUAUUGCGUUAAACACUCUCCCACCUCAUCCUGAUUAUGUUGGUAUAAUCUGCACAAGAGCAAAUAUCCACGAUAUCUGCCAAGAAGCUAUCGAUAACGCCCGCUACGUCUGCGAAGAACACUAUGCCCUUUUCAAAUCCCCGAACAUCAAACUCGUCUGCCCACCGAACCUCACAUUCCCUUAUAUCCCAGGUCAUCUUUCUCACAUCUGUUUUGAGCUCCUCAAAAACUCUUUGCGUGCGGUGGUAGAGCGAUACGGCGUUGACAAUGAUGAUGAGUAUCCUCCGAUCAAAGUGGUUGUAGUGGAAGGGAGGGAGGAUAUUACGAUCAAAAUCUCUGAUGAAGGUGGUGGGAUUCCGAGAAGCGCUAUACCGCACAUUUGGACUUACCUAUACACAACGAUGAGCGACGAAGGUCUCGAAGAUACCAUUCAAGGCUCGGACUUUAAAGCUCCCAUGGCAGGAUUUGGCUAUGGCCUUCCUCUUUCUCGUCUCUACGCUCGAUUUUUUGGAGGUGAUCUGAGGCUGAUCUCCAUGGAUGGGUACGGCACCGACGUUUACAUCUCUCUCAAUAAACUUUCAUCCAGUCGCGAACCUCUCCAAUAACUCCUGCGAGAUUUCGUCAUAACUCUAUCGCCAUUCGGACACCCACAACAUCGCAACUCUGCCAUCUUCUCCAUUAUCUCAUUCAUCACACAUGUACCUCAAAUCGAUUAACAUCUUCGAAGCAUCAUUCAGACACUACAGCUGAUUCACAUUCAAUUGCAUAUCCCAUUUUUCAAAAAAAUAAUAUAUCAGCUCAUCGGCCCGAAAGAGAAUAAAGGCGGACGACGAAGCAGAUAGGUUGGUUAUUGUUAUUUAGACGUUGUAAAAUGUAUUUCUAGUGCGUUGGCCACAGAUAAGCUCAACGCGGAGGCUGCCAAAGAGGCAGAGGGUGGGUUCGAGGAAGAACUUGAUGGACAGACUUU